AAUGAUGGCUAUUCUUCAUGGUCACAUACAAACAGUUCAGUUAUUAUUAGAAGCUGGUGCUGAUCCUAAUAAGGCUGCAAUGACAGGAGAAACUGCUUUAAGAAAUGCUGUGACAUUUGCACAUUAUGAAAUAGUUGAUGAACUGAUAAAAGCUGGUGCCAGUACUAAUAUUAGCAUGUAUAAUCCUAUCAUUAACACAACUAUUGACUGCACAGUAACUCAAUGCUGUGCUAUGGUGAUAGCAAUGAAAAACAUUCCUGUCAAUGAAAUGAAUGAAAUAAUUCAAAAUUGUAAACUGCAAGAUGAUAUCCUAAACUCUGCUAUGGUCAUGGCUUUACAACAAAUAAGAGCUCAAGAUAAAUCAAAACACAUUAAAAUACUCCAGCUAUUACUAGAAGCUACAUUACAACCUGAGGAUGAUCCUGCCAGUUUAAUAGCAGCAACUGAAGUAGGUUGUACACCAGCAGUUGAACUCUUACUAAAAGCUGGAUAUGAUCCAUUGGCUUUUUGUUCCUCAAGUAAACUUUGGAAUGAUAUAUUAAAAGGUGAGUCUGUUAGACCUACUGUUGACUGCAAUGCAUUGACAAUAGCAUGUCAACAGGGACAUAUUGAAAUAGUUAAAUUAAUACUGCAGGGACCAGUUGAUCUCAAUGCUACACAAGAUAAUGUCUUCACACCUCUAAUGGUAGCAUGUACUGCCAAUGAAGAUAAUUUAGAAAUGGUUCAAUUACUAUUGGAAGCUGGUGCUGAUCCUAAUGUUAAAUGCAAUAUUAAAGAUAUAAAUGAGCUAACAGCCUUAGCAUGUGCAGUGAUUUCAGGAAAUAAAAUAAUCAUACAUGAAUUACUAACAGCUGGUGCUAAUUACAUCAGCAUUGAGGGAAAUGAGGAUGGUGCAUUAAUUGAAGUGUCAAUAAUUCAAUUGUGUGUAAGCAAAUUAAUGAAGGAAAGUGAUUUUGAAUUUUUGCAGUCUCAGUCACCAUCAGAAGUUUUGGCAGAGAAAUAUGAGAAUAACAAUGAGCAGAUUUUUGAAGUAGCAUCAAAAAACACUGUCGAUGAUACAAUUGAGAUACUUCGCCUGCUACUAGAGGCUACACCACAACCUGAAGAUGAUCCUGCCAGUUUGAUAUUAGCAUCUCUGAUUGGUAAUGUACAAGCAGUUGAUUUGUUACUUAAAGCUGGUUAUGACCCUAAGGCACCUUUAUCAUCAAGCAAAUAUUUUCAAGCAAUAGAUCUACUUCUAAAUAUUAGAGAACAAGCACCUCUACCAAAAGAAAUGUUAAAAAUCUCUUGCCCAUCAUUAGUUGUUGCAUGCAUUGAAGGGCAUUUAGAAGUAGUUAAGUUACUAUUAAAAGAGAUUAAUGAUUCAAACCAUCAACAAGAAACUGGAGAAACUUUCUUAAUGUUAGCAUGUGAAUGUGGUCACAAAGAUAUUGUACUAACACUACUAGAGAAUAGAGCAGAUACUAAUAUUUGUGAUAAUAAAGGAAACAAUGCACUACAUCAUGCAUUACUGUGUAAAAGCAGUGAAGAUAAUAUAAUUGAUAUCAUACAAACACUGCUGUCAUGGAAUAUUAAUGUUAAUGCACAGAAUAAUCAUGAAGUUACUCCAUUAAUGAUUGCCAGUGGUAAGGGAUAUACUGAAGUAUUGGUAUUGCUAUUAGAGGAAGCUGAUCCUAAUAUCACCGACAGUAAAGGUAGGACUGCACUGAUGCAUGCUAGUUCUAAUGGUCAGAGUGAAGCAGUUGCACUUCUACUAAUGACAUAUAAUGCUGAUCCAUCAGUUACUGAUAAUUAUGGAUCUACUGCCCUCUGUUAUGCUGCAUAUGGUGGAUGUACUGAAGUAAUUAAUGUACUUUUAAAUAAUUAUAAUCCUGAUCAAGAAGAAAAAGAGAAAGCAUUUACAGCAGCUUGUUAUGGAGGACACAAGGAUUCAAUUAAGUUAUUAGCAGAGAAUAUAAUUAUCACAAAUCGUCAAAAAGACAUACUGACUGCUUGUGCGUCUGAUGAUAUGACACUAUUUGUUCAAGUUAGAACAAAACAAGCAUCAAGUGACCUGUGUACACCAUUGAUAGAAUCUACUGGUCUAACUCCUCUUAUGAUAGCUGCUUCCUGUGGCAGUGAAGAAGUAGUGCAAACAUUACUACUGAGAUAUGGAGCUGAUGUUAACCAACAAGAUAAUUAUUUAAAUUACACUCCUUUGUUGUGUGCAGUAUCAGGUAGUAAGUCAAUUGUCCAGUAUCUAUUAAAUGAAGGUGCUAAUGUCAAUGUUAUUUGUAAAGAUGAGAAGACACCAUUAGAUAUUGCUAGAGACAAAGGAUUAAAUGAUAUAGCUCAACUACUGGAAAGUAAUGGUGGGAAGACAUAUUCUUCACUUAAAGCUAUAAUUGAAAAAGUCACUGAACAACAAUUAAGAGCAAAGCAAAAAGCUGAAGUUUUGCAAGGAAUAUUAAUGCGAUUCUGUCAAAUGCAAACACUUCCUACUGCUACCAGUAUGAGAGAAUCAUUCCAUGUACCAUUAUUUACAAGUGUACCAAUCCUCCCUACCAUAAUGGUAUCAUAGUAGUACUACAUCACACAAUCUUGUUCAUUCUCUCUCUCAAUCUCUUUCUGUUCCUUCCUUUUUAUCUCCUCUCCUUCUCUCCAUUAACAUUGCUACAUGUAGUUAGUUUAGAGAUGAUAUUUUGCUGUGCACUUUAAAGAGUGUUAUAAUUUAGUCAUACAUGUACAUUAUUUUUUAU